AUGAAGUCAGCAACUAAGGAUGUAGACCCUAUGGCAAUGGGCUGGGAAGUGGUGGAAGCGAUAGCAGCCGAAGUCGGCCGCCCAGUGGAGUCCCUCAUGCUGACCUCUGGCGGCAAUGUGCUCGAUAUGAGUGGGUCUCUGCUAGAACAGGUGGGGAACGACGAAGUCACGUACGUGGCUCAACGCUUCGGUGCGGGUCGGGCUGCGGUUGCCUUGAAAAAUGCGCUUGCAAAGAAAACCUUCAAUCCUGCGGAUGUGUGCGCUCUCAAUGAAGUAGUCUCCUUGACCUUUGGCUCGGACUUCAACCAGAGCUUGGAGGGGAUCCAGCUGCCCAGCACCCUGCAGACGUUCACAUUUGGCGACAAGUUCAAUCAGAGCUUGCAAGGGAUCCAGUUCCCCAGCACCCUGCAGACGUUGACGUUUGGUAGCGAGUUCAACCAGAGCUUGGCGGGGAUCCGGCUUCCAAGCACCCUGCAGACGUUGACGUUUGGUAGCCAGUUCAACCAGAGCUUGGCGGGGAUCCAGCUGCCCGGCACCCUGCAGACGUUGACGUUUGGCAUCGUGUUCAAUCAGAGCUUGGCGGGGAUCCAGCUGCCCAGCACCCUGCACACAUUGACGUUUGGCGACUGGUUCAACCAGAGCUUGGAGGGGAUCCAGCUGCCCAGCACCCUGCAGACGUUGAAGUUUGGCGUCGCUUUCAAUCAGAGCUUGCAGGGGAUCCAGCUGCCCAGCGCCCUCCAGACGUUGAAGUUUGGCCACUUGUUCAACCAGAGCUUAGAAGGGAUCCAGCUGCCCAGCACCCUGCAGACGUUGACGUUUGGAUACGACUUCAACCAGAGCCUGGAGGGGUUCCAGCUGCCCAGCACUCUGCAGACGUUGACGUUGGGUUACAAGUUCAACCAGAGCUUGGCGGGGAUCCAGCUGCCCAACACCUUGAAGACAUUGAUGUUUGGCUACAAGUUCAACCAGAGCUUGCAUGGGAUCCAGCUCCCCAGCACCCUGCAAACGUUGACGCUUGGCGACUCUUUCAGUCAGAGCUUAGAGGGGAUCCAGUUCCCCAGCACCCUGCAGACGUUGACGUUUGGCGCCGAGUUCAAUCAGAGGAUCCAGCUGCCCAGCACCCUGCAGACGUUGAUGUUUGGCAGCGAGUUCAACCAGAGCUUGGAGAGAAUCCAGCUGCCCAGCACGCUGCAGACAUUGACGCUUGGCCACAAGUUCAACCAGAGCUUGGAGGGGAUCCAGCUGCCCAGCACCCUGCAGACGUUCACAUUUGGCGACAAGUUCAAUCAGAGCUUGCAAGGGAUCCAGUUACCCAGCACCCUGCAGACGUUGACGUUUGGUAGCGAGUUCAACCAGAGCUUGGCGGGGAUCCAGCUGCCAAGCACCCUGCAGACGUUGACGUUUGGCGUCGCGUUCAACCAGAGCUUGGCGGGGAUCCAGCUGCCCAGCACCCUGCAGACGUUGAAGUUUGGCUACAUGUUCAACCAGAGCUUGGAGGGGAUCCAGCUCCCCAGCACCCUGCAGACACUGACGUUUGGAUAUGACUUUAACCAGAGCUUGCAGGGGAUCCAGCUGCCAAGCACCCUGCAGACGUUGACGCUUGGCCACAAGUUCAACCAGAGCUUGCAGGAUAUCCAGCUGCCCAGCAUGCUGCAUACGUUGACCUUUGGCGGCACGUUCAAUCAGAGCAUUCAGGGGAUCGAGCUGCCCAGCACCCUGCAGACGUUGAAGUUUGGGCACAAGUUCGGCCAGAGCUUGGAGGGGAACCAGCUCCCCAACAGCCUGCGGAGGAUCGAGCUUCCGUUGUUUUGUGUUGUGACCUCGGAAGAGGCACAAGACGAAGGGUAUGCCUGA